CAGGAACCCGGUUCUGCAGCGACCUGACAUCAACAAACACCUCACAGCAGACAUUUCUACCGAAAACAGCUCAUGACACUCUCCUAGAAACCCAAAGCUGCAACAAUGGAGAAACCUCCCUUCAGGCAGAACCAGAACUGUGGAGACUGGGAGCUGAAAGAGAGACUGGGCAUGGGGGGCUUUGCUCAUGUUUACCUUUACCAACACCGUGACACGAAUGAGAAAUUAGCUGUGAAAAUGUGCCGUUUGGAGCUCACGGCAAGGAAUAAAGACAGAUGGAGCAGAGAGAUCCAGAUCAUGAAAAAGUUGGAUCAUAUUAAUGUGGUAACAGCCCAAGAUGUCCCAGAGGAAAUGAAACCCAUCGCCCUAAACGACCUUCCAUUGCUGGCCAUGGAAUACUGCUCCCGAGGAGACCUGAGGAAGGUGUUGAGCAAACCUGAAAAUUGUUGCGGCCUGAAAGAGAGUGAAGUUCUUUCGUUGCUCAGUGAUGUUGGAUCUGGUAUCCAGUAUCUCCAUGAAAACAAGAUUAUACACAGAGACCUUAAACCCGAAAACAUAGUUCUGCAGGACAUCAACGGGAAGCUUGUUCACAAAAUCAUUGACUUGGGUUAUGCCAAGGACCUGGAUCAGGGCAGUCUGUGCACAUCCUUCGUUGGCACGCUUCAGUACCUGGCCCCUGAGCUGUUUGAGAACAAGCCAUACACCGUUACUGUAGACUACUGGAGCUUUGGCACCAUGGUAUUUGAGUGCAGUUGUGGUUUCCGUCCAUUCCUUCACAACCUGCAACCUGUGCAGUGGGCUAGCAAAGUGAGGAAUAAAGGUCCAAAAGACAUCAUGGCAGUGGAGGAGGUGAAUGGUGAAAUCAGGUUCUCCACACAUCUGCCCUACCCCAACAGUCUGAGCAGGACUCUGUUGGAGCCGAUGGAGGCGCUUCUGCAGCUUAUGUUGAAGUGGGAUGCCGUCCAGAGAGGAGGGAGAAUGAACCCUGACACAAAAAAGCCCAUGUGCUUUGAGCUGCUCGAGCAGAUACUCAGUAUGAAAGUGGUCCACAUCCUGAACAUGACCACAGCUCAGGUCCACUCCUUCCAGCUGGCUCCGGACGAGAGUCUCCACAGUUUGCAGAAGCGCAUCGAGGCUGAAACCAAGAUUGAGGUGGUGAACCAGGAGCUGCUGCAGGAAACGGGGGUGUCGCUGGAUCCCAGGAAGGCUGCUGCACAGUGUGUCCUAGAUGGAGUGAGAGGGUGGGACAGCUACAUUGUGUACUUGUUCGACAAGAGCAUCAACAAGUACUCCGGUCCCUUUAGUGCCAGGCGGCUCCCUGAGAAAGUCAACACUAUCGUGCAAGAGGCCAAGACACAGCUGCCUCUGGUGAUGCUGAAGAAGGUCUGGGGGGAAGCUGUGAGCUACAUCUGUGGCCUGAAGGAGGACUACAGCAGACUCUUUCAAGGACAGAGAGCCGCCAUGUUGAGUCUCCUGCGCUACAACACCAACCUGACCAGGUAUAAAAACAGCAUGUUUGGAUUUUCUCAGCAGCUUAAAGCCAAGCUCGACUUCUUCAAAAGUAGCAUCCAGUAUGAUCUGGAGAAAUACAGCGACCAGAUGCACUAUGGGAUAUCCUCUGAAAAGAUGCUGAAGGCCUGGCAGGAGAAUGAGGAAAGAGCAGCUGCAUUUGUACAGGUGGCAGAAGUGGGCCACUUGGAUGACGAGAUCAUGGCUCUGCACUCAGAGAUUGUGGAGCUUCAAAGGAGCCCAUACGCCCGGCGGCAAGGAGACAAGAUGGAGCAGCUAGAAGAAAAAGCAAUUGAGCUCUACAAGCAACUGAAGAUGAAAUGCAAAAUACCUGACUCGGAUGUGAGCUGUGACAGCUCUGAAAUGGUGAAGGCCAUCAUCCAGACUGUCCAGAACCAAGACAAGGUCCUCAAAGAUCUGUACACCCACCUCAGUAAAAUCCUCAUCAGCAAACAGAAGAUCAUUGACUUGUUUCCACGAAUUGAGAAAACCCUGGAGAGCAUCAAGGAUGCUGACAACACGGUGAUGCAGAUGCAGAUCAAGAGACAAAGGGAGUUCUGGCAUUUACUCAAGAUCGCAUGUGCCCAGAACUCAUCCCGCAGCUCGAUAGCAGCCAGUCCGGAGUCGUCCAACCUGCUGCAGGUGUCUCAGUGCUCCCAGUCAGCACAACCUGUCAGCUCCCCUCACCCCCUGACCUCCUUACCUGGGCCCAAUGACAGUGAUGCUGCUCCGAGGCUGCUGGAGGACAACCAGAAGUACCUCAGUCAGCUGACCAGCCUGAUGCAGGAGGCGGCCGACGAACAGGCCAAGAGCAUAGUGGACCAAGACUGGAGCUGGACAAAAUACGAAGCUUUAACAACCAAAUUAAAAAAGCGGAAUGCGUAAGCCCCCCCCCGUCCUCCAUCCCUGCCUGCGCUCCCAGUAACACUAAGGACUGUCAGCCGUCAACGCAGCGGAGUGGCCCCACACGUUGUACAGUCGUUCAUGGACUCAGGAUUUCCAGGAUUUCCUCUUUUGGAAGGAGAAAAGAGACUUCUCUCAUGCUCACGGUGUCCGUCUGCCCCGUCAUCUCACAUGGUGGAAGGUUUGGUCGGUUCAUCGUGUUGUUUUUAUACCAGAAAACAGUGAAGUUGCAUAUUCUUCUCUUCAUGAUGCUGCACAGUAUUCACCUAAACAAAGAUUCAUCUUUACUGUCGCUGCAACAACAAGCAAACUGUAGCACCAGACAUGUGGAUCCGAGGUGGGAGAAGCACACAGGGAAGCAAAGAGAGAGACAUGGGAACUAGUUCAACUUUGUGACACGAGGAAAACAGAGGAAGUGGUCGAGGAGGAGAUUACAAUCAAGCUGAAUGCACUUUGAUGCUCCCACGUUUGUUCCAGCUCGACACACCCAGACCAACAGUUCUCAUCACACACCUUCACUUUCAGGCUUUUACUAUCAUCAUUGGUUCUUUAAAAACUCUGUAAGUAUGACUUUGUGUGUUAUGUAUCAUGAGCAGAGGUCUUUAGUCACGACAUGCGUGGCUCAUACAUGGCUGGCCAUUAUGUUUGUACGUUGUCGAUACUGUACGUGUGUUGAUCGUCAGUGGGGGGGGGGCGUCCUUCAGGCGAGGUCUGUGGUGCAUUCAGGUCACACACAGGGGCGCUUACACCAGAAAAGAGGUUUCCUGGUGAUUUUUUUUUUUUUUCUUAGCAAGUUUAGAAAAACCUGCAAA